AAGCAAACGGAGGGAAUUGAAACAUUCCAGAAAAUAGUCUCGCGAAAAUCAAGCAAACAAAAUUUCCACUGCGAAAUUUUACGUUAAAAGUUACAAAAAAAUACUCUCGACAGCUUUGAAAAUACAACUAAUUUGUGUGCGGGAACGAGCAGUGCUUUCGGAAGGUGAAGUUUUCCGCCGGCCAGCGCGGAAACGUUAUGAAAAGUGAGUUUUUCGGCUCGAUCAACCAGAGGAACUAUCCACGCAUUUCAGACAAGAUGGCGGCCACGAUGGCAGCAGGACCAGAAGAUUUUGAUGUUGAAGAGAUGCUCGAAGCGCCAUACAAAAAGGAGGACGAUGGAUCGCCUUUGAAUAACGGAGUGUCCAAUGGACACAAGAAAGAUCGAGAUAAUGCACCCAAAUCAUCCAGGCACCGUAGCCGCUCUCGCGAGCGCGACCGGGAUGGAGAGAAGCGGCGCAAGGAACGAUCGCGAUCACGUGAGAAGCGGGACAAAGACAAAAAGGAGAAGGAUCGCGAACGUCGCUCCAAAUCCCGCCACCGAGAACGGUCUCGGGAUAGAAAAGACAAGGAUCGUCGUCGCGAACGUUCCAAGGAUCGGGAGCGUUCACGGGAUCGCGAUCGCGAGCGUGAUCGUGAACGCGAACGUGGUGGGCGUGAUCGCUCGAAAGAGCGUUACCGUGCAGGACGUGACAGAGACUUUCGCCGUCGCAGUCGAAGCAGAGAUAACAAAAGACGUCGUUCCCAUUCACCGAGACCGUUCCGACGUGGACGUACUCCACCGAAUGGUGUGCGCUAUCGAGAUGAUUCACCCCGUGAGGAACUAAGCGUUGAAGAUCGCGAUGCGCGCACUGUUUUCUGUAUGCAGCUCUCGCAGCGAAUUCGGGCCCGUGACCUGGAGGAAUUCUUUUCGAGCGUUGGCAAAGUCCGCGACGUAAGGCUUAUCACGUGUAACAAAACAAAAAGAUUCAAAGGGAUUGCGUACAUCGAAUUCAAGGAUCCGGAAUCUGUUGCACUAGCAUUGGGCCUGUCCGGGCAACGUUUACUCGGCAUUCCUAUUUCCGUUCAGCACACUCAGGCAGAAAAGAAUCGAAUGGCCACAACACCUCCCCAGCCGCCACCAAAGGUUACGUCGGGACCCAUGCGGUUGUACGUUGGUUCACUGCAUUUCAAUAUCACUGAGGAUAUGUUACGCGGAAUUUUUGAGCCAUUUGGAAAGAUCGAUAACAUUCAGCUUAUUAUGGACUCCGAUACAGGACGUUCCAAAGGUUACGGAUUCAUCACAUUCCACAAUGCGGAUGAUGCCAAAAAAGCACUUGAACAGCUGAACGGUUUCGAACUGGCCGGCCGUCCAAUGAAGGUAGGUAACGUGACGGAACGGUUGGAUGUGACGACUCACGCUUCCCUGGACACGGAUGAAAUGGAUCGCAGUGGAAUCGAUUUGGGGGCAACGGGCCGGUUGCAGCUCAUGUUCAAACUGGCCGAAGGUGCUGGUCUAGCGGUUCCUCGCGCUGCUGCUGAUGCGUUACUGGCCACUGCUCCCCAGCCAGCGCCACAGCAGCCGGUGACUCCGUCUCCGCCAAUCGCAACGCAAUGUUUCCUACUGUCCAACAUGUUCGAUCCAGCGUCGGAAACCAACCCAACCUGGGAUGUGGAAAUACAGGACGAUGUGAUUGAGGAAUGCAACAAACACGGUGGUGUGCUGCACGUCUAUGUAGAUAAGGAGAAUUCGGAUGGCAAUGUGUACGUUAAGUGUCCGAGCAUAGCGACGGCAGUCCUAGCGGUCAAUGCACUGCACGGCCGAUGGUUCGCUGGUCGGGUCAUUACGGCAGCGUAUGUUCCAUUGGUCAACUACCACACAUUGUUCCCCGACUCUGCAGCAGCCACCGCUAUGCUUAAACUGAAUCGAACAAACUAAGGUCAUGCUUCUUACGUAGUGGGGCCAUUUUCUUUGACUCGUCUGUUAGGUGUGAUUGCGUGCAGGAUUGCUUUAGAUUCUCCACUUAGAAUUUCAACCAUCGUCAAAUGUGAUAACACGUCAAAAUAUAAUAAAAUCGGAACCGUUUAAAUUAGGAUACACACAACAAAGUCACAUGCACACCGGUUCUAGAUCCUGAUUCGGCAAUUUCGAAUUUCUGUCAGAGCUAAAACAUAUGUGAGAUUUUUCAUAGGGAGCGAAUGAGUGAGAGUGAGUCAAUUAUCAAUCUAUUCUCGAUUUAAGUAAAAAGCCAAUAGCAAUCGUUGACCUAAGAUUCAGUUUCCUCUCUGGAGUGGAAGUUCGACGUUCAUAUUAUUUGCUUUUUAAGUUUAAGUGACCUUUCCCAAAAAAAGUAAUAUUAAUAGGUAGUGUCACUGUAUGAAAAACAGAGUGAGUGGAGUCCGUUCCGCAAAUACGCGACGUUUGUAAUGCAAAAAGGAGUAGGGAUGCGAUAUUGAAUUAAAUACACUAAUUUUAAAGAGUAACGAUUCUAAUACAUUACUAUCGUUGUGCAGAAAUGUAGAAGAAAGCGUUCUAACAUGUACAAAUAAUAA